UGUUGAGACACCUCCUUGUCUUUGUGUCUUCCAGCUGGCAGACAGUAGCUGCUUCAAACACUGACAUGAGCUGAAUGUACAUAGAUCUAAGAGGGAUAUUCUGGGAGCAGUGAAGAGGAUUUUCACAAAGUUAAAUGUACAGCUGAAACAGUCUGGAGUGAUGGAGUCUCCAGACUUCUCUCUGUUGUCGUCUUUGAGGGGAGAGUUUAAAUCAGAGGAUUACAUCCAACCGCACUACAGGGAGGCCUAUCGUCUGGCGAUCGACUGCCUGGUGAACAGCGGCAGAGGCGGUUACCAGGAGUUCCUCAAGGGAGAACGUAUCGGAAGCUUCCUCUCAGAGGAAGAGCUUCUCUUCAUCACUGAAAAUGCAGAAAAGCUCCCACCUCAAACCCACGCAGAGGAAAGCAGCGGUCCAGCGGACAGCCAAUCAUCCUCAGGGACGUACUGGCCCGUCCACUCGGAUGUGGAAACGCCGGAUUUGGACUUAGGGUGGCCGGAGGUCAUGCACGACCAACUGCAGACAAAUAUAGAUCUGCUCUUUCAUCCAGCGAGACAGAACAACCCCACCAUCAAAGAGGUGGUGCGGAAGAACAUUCAGGAAGCAAGACAGGUCAUUGCCAUUGUGAUGGACAAGUUCACCGAUGUAGAUAUAUUCAAAGAGGCUGUCGACGCCUCGAUACGAGGAGUCCCUGUCUACGUGCUUCUGGAUGAUUCCCACUUAAGAAGUUUCCUCACGAUGGCUGAAAAUCAAGAUGUAAAAAUUCAACAACUCAGAAACAUGAGGGUGCGCACUGUGAAAGGUCAGGACUACCUCUGCCGAUCAGGAGCUAAAUUUCAUGGGGCAAUGGAGCAGAAGUUUCUUUUAGUCGACUGCCACACAGCGAUUUAUGGCUCAUACAGCUUCACUUGGUCGUUUGAGAAGAUCAAUCUGAGCAUGGUGCAGGUCAUCACAGGACACCUGGUGCAGUCCUACGACGAGGAGUUUCGAACACUCUACGCCCGGUCCAUCGUGCCAGCUGAACUGUCCCCCCCGGAGGGUUUGUCCCAACACAUCAGCCCACAUGGACGACAGCUUUUGACAAAACCUCAUUCUGCCCAAAAAAUGGAGCGGAGGGAACACCUGAGGCAUACGCUGGACACAGUCUAUAGGAAGACCUGUGAGAGGAAACUGGGCACGAGAGACUUUGAAGAGAGGCUCUUUGAAGAGGAACUGAACAAGCUCGGGCCCUUAAUGGAGAAUGGGAGUGAUGUUCAGAAACAGAUGCCCCAAUUUCAGCCUACAGAGGCAAUGAACUUCUUGAAAAGGCACAGCUAUGCGGGGGAGAGGCAAGAUGGAUGUAUGCCACAGAACAUCAGGCCUAGAGCGAGCAACUGGAACAUUUCUAGAGACAAAAACUACCCUGUGGACAAUUAUUUACACGUGCCACCGCUGCACAGAGCUCAGAACCUGCGCCAGUCUUACAAUGGCAACGACAAGCAGGUUGUGUCCAUGCAACAGAACAUGCCAACGCUGGAGAACACAUCAAAGGCAUUCAUGCGCACAUUGAGGAUUGAGUCUUACCUCCAAAACCCUGAUGUCCCAUCGGGAGACACUUGUGACUAUUUAGACCAGUACGAGCCACCGGAUAAAGCUACCUCCUUCAUGCAGGGAAGAAUGAGGUCUUCCCUUGUGCUCAAGUCCACCAUACCAGAGCAAAUGGAGCCAAACAGACACAUGAACAACUCAUCCCCUGGCGUUACCUCCUCUGCAGCACCUAACUCUCAUUUGCACUACUCAUCCAUGCAGUGGAAUCCAACAGCAGCAGCUGAGAACAGAAUGAGUAAUGAAGAGGUCAUGUUGAAGAGGCAAAGUCUGCAGAUGUUGGAUGACAACUGGAAUAACACAAGCUAUGGUCCAGGUAGAAACUCUUACCAGUCUGCAUACACUAGCUUAGGCAGAGCUAAAGGUGGACACAUGAUCACGAGCCCUGACGUUAUGACAGACAAUUGGUACAAACGGCACAGCGUGGCGGAUCCACGAUCAAACACAGAGUACGCACAUGAAUCCUCAGGUCACAUGUAUGGAGCUUUUGCAAGGAUGCAAGUCAACAGAGGCACAGCAGGGAUCAAUGCUCAGAAUGUAGGAUACGGGUCAAAUCUGAACGAAGAUCAGAGGUCUGUCUCUCAUUAUGAUGUCAAUAGCAUCACAGGCACAAAGAGCCCGGGGAAUCGCAUUUGGCAGGAGCCACCAUCCAGGACUGUGUCUGCAGCAGCCCUCGGUGUGAAUAGCAAGAAUGAGACUGCGAAGUCCAGCAACAUGGGCUCACAGCAUUUUCUAAAGAAGAGUACCAAGAAAUUAAAAUCCUUACUGAACAUACCAGAGAAAAAAGAGCGUUCAACUGGAACCAUGGAAACGCCGAGUCUGAAGUCAAGUGGCAGCGCAGACACCAUAACAGCUGAGGAUGAGGAGGGUCCCCCAGAUGGACGACAACAACAAUUUCACCAAAGAACAAGCCACUCUGUCAGGUCGUCCUCAGAGCACCAGAGGAACCAUCUGAAAUCUUCCAAACCUCGAUUCAGAACCGAGGAGCUUUACAGUCCAUUCCAAACCUCUCCCCCAAAAACCGCAACGCAGAACAAACCCACCGGCUUCGAUGCGGGCAGCUGGAGCAAAGAGCGGGCUGCCGACGGUCGCCUUUACAGCAGAUACGAGCCUUUCUGCUCGCUUGAAAAGAAACCCUCUAUGCACUCGGCCAACAGCUUUGGAACGACACACUCUCAGGAGAAACCCAAAGGCCUUCCUAAAGGCGAUGCAGCUAUCGAACACAACCUCACCCGGACUGCACGAGGGCUUCAUGAAAAUAAGCUGGAGAAAUUCAUCCACAGAGUGGGGAAUUUCAUACACAAGAACAAGUAGUGACUUCUGUGUCAGCAUAAAGACUCAGGUCACUCACUACUAAAGCACAUUUGAAUGGGAAUGUUUCUAUUUGUAUAGUUGGUCCUUAUUUCUGUGUUUAGAAAAUGUUUUUAGCAAACACUGUUUACAUUUGACCUCUGCUUAUUUUAUAGUGCACAGAUGCACAGAUGAAUGCAGAUGCACUGAUGAAUGCCACUGAAAGGAGACCAUAUUUUAUAUGAAUACAUGCAGCAGACCUUCACAUAACAGAUUCUUCAGCUCCACUUUCAAACUUUUUUCAUGGCUGUCCUCCGCUGUCGUAAACCUGAAGAGAAAAAAAUUCAAACACUGUCAACAAACAUUGCAGACGCAUUAAGUAGUGGUUGUGUCAAAAUGUCAGAGAUGUAUACAAUUUAUUGCUGCAAGUGUAGGUGGGUGUGCAUGCCAAAGUGCUGUUGUUACUACAUUCAAAGGAUUAAUGUCGAGGUGAAGGCGCCUCAAACUGCAUUAGCAUGCAAGCUCACUGCCACUCAACAUGAUGAAGCACAUAACAAUAUGUCAACGCAUCGCUGUCAUUUAUGUGUCAGACAGGUUUUCUGGAUGCUAUGGGGGUUGCAAUAGUUCUGUAAACUGCACGUUAUGUUUCUCAAAUAAAUAUUUAUGGCAUUUUUCACUGA